UGGUCACAGGUAUCAUUCGAUUUGCAGUCGUCGUCUGUAUCUGUUUGAGCAGUAUCUGUAUUUUUUGCACGUUUAACGUACAACAAAACAACAAAAAAAAUGGCUUCCAAAAUGUUCGUAUGUUUUGCUAUCUUCGCCUUGGCUACCAUUGCAUUUGCCGCUGAAUCAGCACCAGCCAACGAUCGUGUAAAGAAAAACGUAUUGGCCUCCGAUUUGGUUGGAGCUCUUCCAUACAACUACGGAUACGCCGCCCCAUACAGCUACGGAUACGCUACCCCAUACAGCUACGGAUACGCUACCCCAUACAGCUACGCUUCAUACAACUCAUACCCCUACGGACACUCCGCUUACAACUACCCAAUGGCCAGAUCAGUCUACAGCGGAUACUACCCUCACAGUUACGGAUACUACCCAUACGCCUAUUAAUUUCUUCCUUUAAUACUUCCUAAAAAUCCGUUAAAAUUCAAUGUAUCUCUUCUCCGUGAAUUUCUAUAAUUUAUUUUUAUUCUUGUCAAUUAAUUUGUACAAUUUUUUUACUUUGCACAUAAAAUAAAAUAAAUUUUUAUCGCUUAA